AACUAGCUCGUGGUUUUUAAUUUGUUUCAAAAUAUUUGAGUGUAUUAGUCAUGGACGGGAAGAAAUUGGAGUACAAAGGGGAUGAGGCUUUGGAGGAGUUGGAGAAGCUUACAACGAAAGCUGACGAGGUUCAAGAGAAAAUCUUGAAGGAUAUAAUUACUAGAAAUGGAGAUACUGAGUAUCUGAGUAAGUAUCUAAAGGGCUCCAAAGAUGUUUCGACUUUCAAGCAUCAUGUUCCUGUUAUUGAUUAUAGUGGUGCGCAGCCUUACAUCAAGAGAAUUGGCAAUGGCGAGGAGUCUUCUCUUCUCUCUGGCCAUACUAUAGUUGAGAUGUUAUGCAGUUCAGGAACAUCAAAUGGGGAGCCCAAGUUGAUGCCAUCAAUUGCUGAGGAUCUCGAUAGAAGGACUUUUGUGUAUAACCUUAUCAUGCCAAUUGUCAACAAGUACAUUCCUGGUUUAGAUGAAGGAAAGGCAAUGUACCUCUACUUUGUGAAGGCAGAAAUGUCUACUCCUUGUGGCUUACCAGCAAGAGCAGUCCUUACUAGCUACUAUAAGAGCAAGCACUUCAAAGGACGAGCGCGUAAUGUUCCGUUCCUUGACUACACUAGCCCUGACCAGGCCAUCCUCUGUGAUGACAGCAACCAAAGCAUGUACUGUCAGUUACUUGCUGGUCUUGUUCUCCGUGACCAAGUUCUUCGUCUUGGAGCUGUUUUUGCCUCAGCUUUUCUGCGUUCAAUAACCUAUCUCGAGAAAAACUGGGUUAAACUAUGCAAUGAUAUUAGAAAAGGGAAGUUAGAUGCCUCCAUUACAGACCCAGAAUGUCAAUUGGCUAUGUCAAGCUUACUUACAUCGCCUAAACCAAGUUUAGCCGAUGAGAUUGAGAAGAUAUGUGGUGGUUCAUCAUGGAAAGGGAUUCUCUGUAGACUUUGGCCCAAGGCAAAGUUCAUUGAGGCAGUGGUUACCGGUUCUAUGGCUCAGUAUAUCCCUUCACUCGAGUACUAUAGUGAUAAGAAGUUGCCAUUGUUUUGCCCCAUGUAUGCUGCUACAGAGUCCUAUUUUGGUGUGAACUUGAAGCCUUUGUCUGAUCCCUCUGAUGUUUCCUUUACCCUAUUACCCAACAUGUGCUACUUUGAGUUUAUUCCUCUCGGGGAAAAUUCGUGGUCGUUCGAUGAAGAAACAAACAUACCAUCAAACAACCUCAUCGAUCUUUCGGAAGUGAAGCUUGGUUGUUACUAUGAAAUAGUUGUCACCACUUUUGCUGGUCUCUGUAGAUACCGUAUUGGCGAUGUGCUACAAGUUACAGGGUUCUACAACAAGGCACCACAGUUCAAAUUCAUAUGUCGUAGAAACGUUGCUUUAAGCCUAGACAACGAAAAGACGAGUGAGGAGAAUCUCUACAAAAGUAUAACAGCUGCAAAAAAACUGUUAGAGCCUCAUAAAGUUAUCCUGCUUGAGUACACUAGCGUUGCUGAUACCUCUUCGGUGCCAGGGCACUAUGUGUUAUACUGGGAAAUCGUACAUGUCAAGCCUAAACUCGCUCAUUCGAGUCUCGAUGAAGUCCUGAAAGAAUGCUGCAUUGCCGUUGAGGAGGAGCUUGAUUACACAUAUAGAAGGUGCAGAUCUCAUGACAAGGCUAUUGGACCAUUGGAGAUAAAGCUCGUUAAGCCUGGUACUUUUGAAGCACUGAUGGAUUUCUAUAUUAGCCAAGGAGGGUCUAUUAACCAGUACAAAACACCGAGGUGUAUUCAGUCUGAAACCGCGUUGAAGCUACUCGAAGCAAAUGUCAAAGAACGUUUCUUGAGCCCCAGGGAUCCGAUAUGGACUCCUUAAUAACUAAGUGAAGUAUCAUAACUAAUCUGAUGAAAUAAGAUCAUUGUUUUUUAUUCAA